GGAGAAGUCAUAGCUGCAUCACGAAAGUUGCCGAACCCAGUAGCUUCUGAAACUCUGCAGGUAGCAAGCAGCUGAGUGUCUUCCAGCAGCUCAAGAUAAAAGCCAGGGCCGAGACAAAGUAUCCAGCGGUCGCACAGUUCUCCAAUUCAAUUCUUUUGAAACCAGUUGAAAUACGAGGUAGCAGCAGCGGCAUCUUUCGCAGUCCACGCGUGACGCAUGGACGUGAUCUGAAUGCUCCCCGAGCACUCCUGAGAAGGCUGCCAAUACGAUCAUAGAUCAUCCAGUCGACAGUGCAUGACCAAAUAUAUAUUUGAAUGCACGGGACUCUGUCCAAUUUCAAUGGCUUGCAAGAUCCCGUCCGAGUAACAGUAGACGGUUGGCUAAUUCCUUUUGAUGAGCCGAGAAAGAAUUUUCUCUGUCUCUCUUAUCUCCAGAACAAUAUACGAGAUUUAUCACAGCUCUUAAUAAAUCAUAAUUUAAUCCUCCUCGAAGAAAAAUGGCCAUUUUGCUGUAUGCAAAGAGCCGUCGUUGUGCGUAGCAACGUGGUGACAUAGGAACUGGAUAUUGAUCUGUUCAAUGAUUAAAUGUCGUUUCGAGGAAAACUGAUAACGAGAGACGGCGCAUAAUUAUUUUUUUUCCCCAGUAAACUCUGAAAAGAAACAUUUUUGCUCGUUAGAUUGAUUGAUAUGCAAAUCGUAGAGUCUGUUUCCAAUCAAUCAGAUUCUGUUUUUAUUCAAAUGAGCUACAGAGUGCAUUUAAUUCAUCUUUUCUAAUGGAACAGGAAAUUUAGCAGAUGAAUACAAUAAAUAACCAUAUUGUAAUGGAAGAAAGUAAUCAUUUUAAGAAACAUUUAUACAGUAUCACACAGUAAGUGACAACUCUAAAACUUUUCAUAGACCUUAUAUCUGUUAAUAACGUUGGAAAAUGGAGUGAUUAACUAAAUAUGAAGCCAAUGGCAAUCAAACCAUCUUUAUAAACAACAAUAUCACGAAUAAGGUAGCACAAUGAUCCGAAUUGGAAUAAAAUACAAACCCAUCAUUAAAAACCUAUUAAAUCCAAGGUUCGAGAUUGCCAUUGUGUAAUUCAGCGACAGACUCUACUUUGUCAAAUUCUUCUAAUUGAAAAAUAUUUUCAAUUAAGACUUUUGAGGCAUCUCUUGCUUUUGGAACAAAGAAAGCUGUUCACAAGAAAGGCUCACACUUCAAGGGACGUUUAUAAUAUUUCUGUUAAUGACGCUAGGUGCUGUCUGUCCCAAGGGAGAGCGGGCAUCAGGGACCACGAUGUUCCAAAAUAUGUCGUCCAUCCACAUGCCCGCUUAUCAAGAUUCGUAUUUGCAUCCUUCUUCAAUGUUCAUACCCAGUUCUCGGCCAAUGAUGGCUUUGCAUCAGAGUGGAGUUCAGCUGCCGGGAACUACCAAUCCCAACGCGUGGUCAACAUCUGGAGAAUCCGGAGCCAGAAGUUCAGGAAUGCCCAUGACAGAUUCUUACCAUCAUGCCCAGAUAUCUGCUGUAAGAUAUGGAUUCCAGGCUUCUUCUUUACCAAGCUCUGUUGGCGGACCGAAUCGCGAGAGCGGCUCUUAUUUCCAGAGAAGCAAUGGAUUUGGCGCUUACCAUUCUUACAUGGAAAAUGGCCACUGGGGCAGUCUAGAGAACGGAUCUAGUCUUCAGUCGCAGGGACAUCUUUCUAGGAGACCAGAUUUCGACGCAAGCACUUACCAUCCGUUUAAUGAAGGCCGUGAAUGCGUCAACUGCGGUGCAAUAUCUACUCCUCUGUGGAGGAGAGACGGGACUGGACACUAUCUGUGCAAUGCUUGUGGUCUUUACCAUCGCAUGAACGGCGUCAACAGACCGCUCACCAAACCUCAGAGGAGACUGCCGGUGACUCGACGAAUGGGACUUUCUUGUUCAAACUGUGGUACGACGACGACCACGCUGUGGAGGCGAAACAACCACGGAGAGCCUGUUUGUAAUGCUUGCGGUCUUUAUUACAAAUUACACAACAUGAAUCGACCUCUUGCAAUGCGCAAGGCUGGAAUUCAGACAAGGAAACGCAAACCAAAGAACUCUAACAAAGCAGCAUCGGGUAAAUCAGAUCAAGCUGCAUCUUCGGAAGGUGCAGAAGUGGAGAAGAAACCGAAUUGUGAAACAAAUCAGCAACAAUCCUCCUCCAGUCCAUCUGCACAGACAUCCUCAAACAGCCACUUGCACAGUGCCUCGCCACCGUCCAAUGGAGCAAGCUUGUCAGCAUCGGCAAGUGUUUCUCCAUCAGCAUCUUGCACCGCCUUGCCAACCACACAACCGAAGCCCUCAUCUUCUUGUGUGCAACAGAAUAUGCCCUCCCCCAAUUAUCCAGAUUGUUUGAACAGUUCGUAUACUCCAACCUUUUCAUCACCUCACUCGGACAACAGAUCCUGCUACAGCAAUUUGAAUAGAUAGUGAGUGCUUCGACGGAGAUGGAUUUGCUGUUAAUCCACGAUUUGCGUCUUGAGCAUUAAAGGAUAGUCCUUUCUCAUCUGAAUCUUCAAUCGAACUGAUUGAAAACUUUUCUCUUUUAUGCUUUUAACGUAGUCGGUAGAAAAUAAUCUGUGAUAAGCAUUGAGGAUUGCUUUCUUUAUGAAUAUUUGUGACGGAUUGCUUGCCGUGACUUUACUGUGAAACCUGUUCAAUAUCGGCUGCAUGUUUCUAAAGAUUCACACUUUGUGAAGUUUUUACCUCUUUCACUUCUUUAAACAAGUAAAUGUUUGAAGAAUUCACACAAUUUUCUUGUGGUGGUUUGCAAUUGUAGCAUCUGAAUGUUUUAUAAGACAGGCUUUUUUUUUUAGGUUUUACUAAUUCUAGAAUUUCGUGAUCUUUCCGAAUUACAGAAAAAGAGUUAUCGUGAACUUUGAUCUGAAUACGAUCAAUUGAUGUUAUAUAUUAGUGUCCUGCUUUAAUGCAUGCAGAUAUGUAAUUUAUUAUUGGAAUUGCAAUUUGGAAAAUGAUUUUCAUAAAAUGGUUCUGAAAUACAAGAUGUUUGAAAAUGAUUGAUAUAUUUAUGCGAUAGAAUUGAUUUAUCAAUUAAGUAUCAGAAUAUGCGAUUUUUGAAGUUAUAACGUAUAUGUCUUGACAACGUUAAAAGCAUUGACACGGCAUUUAAUUGAGAUUCUCUUUGGAAUAAUUAGUUUUGCAUCGCUACAUGAUGUUUCAUGUAGCUUGAUUCAUGAUGUCAUGAUUAUCAUGACUGAUUUCAUGAUGUCAUGAUUAUCAUGACUGAUUUCAUGAUGUCAUGACUAUCUAGAAAGAUCAGCUGAUCCUAAUGAAUCUGUGCUUUAAAAUAAUUUCAACCGAAAAAAAGUUUAAUCAAAAUAUUAGCGUUGUUAUCAAUAAUCAAUGUCUUUUAAAGCUCUUUUGCUAAACAAUUAAAAAGCACAUGCGCGCUGGAAAGCAUUUAUCACAUGUUGAUUCUACAUCCCACUCGUUGAUGAAAUCUCAGACUCAUUUUAUCAUAUUUUUUUCCAUCAUUUCUGUUCAAGUUCUAUUAUUUCUGUUCAAACAUCCUGAUAUAUUUACCUUUCAUCUUGCAUUGCCGGAGAAAAAUAUUUUAUCACACAAUAAAUAAACAAAAUUUUGUAUUAUUAAUAAAUGAUAUAAAAAACAGAUGAAAAAAUGUAUUUGAAAUGCGUUGUUAUCAAAUAUUUAAUUCUUGCCUAAAUGAGCUUGUGUUCUUUUAGUCACUAGAAAAUAACACAAUUGUACACACACACACACUUGCAAUAUUGAGAAAAGGUUGUAUAAUAAAGUGUAUUUUAAUUCCAAUAUUAUUUGUAUCAAGAAUUUCUCUUGAAAUAUUUUUUACAUUUGUCAAGCAUUUAU